AGUACCAGAGUUCCGAAAUAGCAGUCGAGACCUCGCUGCGUCGCGACGCGGAUAACUGAAGUCCGUUGUUAACCGCAGACAAGGCGACAGUCGGAACGUGGCGAGCAGUGCAUCAUGGGAGUGCAGGACGUGCCAGCGGCCAUCGUGUCAGCAGAGUUUGAGGUCUUCGGACAGGUCCAAGGAGUGUACUUCACGAAGUACUGCAGAGAUCUGAGUCUUCAGCUAGGAAUUGGAGGCUGGGUAAAGAACACCAAGACAGGGACGAUUGUGGGCAAGAUGCAAGGAGAAAGGCCCAAAAUUGAACAGAUGGUGGACUGGUUGUCCAAAACUGGGAGUCCAGGGAGCAAGAUAGAUCGCUGCGACUUUGGAAACUGGGAGUACCUCGCGAGACAAGAGUUCCGUGGUUUCAGCAUUCGAUUCUGAGUAAAUUACCAAAUAAGUGUUUUUGUCCCAUCACCUUCAUUGUUAAAAUAAGAGGCGAAAUGAGUUCAACGUGUCACGAAUUAUCGUGAUGUAUCAUAGUUCUUUGAAGAAUCCGUUCUAGAUAUCAGCCAAGCAACGUCUUUGUGAAUGCAUGGGACCUGUGGAAUAGAACCUAAUGAUACCUCAAAGAUGUGCCGACAGCUAUCAAAACAACACGAGAGGAAAUCAAAGUUUGUUUCAUCCACUGAGUGUACAAUGUGAAGCAUGAGAUUCAGUUUUCAAAACCUACGCAAGUAUACUAAUAAAUGUUAGUUUCCAUACAA